AUGUCGUCUCGCGGGGUCGCGGUAAACUCAAUCCCGACAACAUCUCGCUGCGAAACAACCACGUGCGUGUGCACGAACGACUCCAAAUCUAUUCUCUUGAUCGCGUCCGCGUUAAACGUCGUCCACGUUUCCAAGAAACAAAACGACGAUUUCAAACCGUUUUCCCGAGUUUGCAUCGCUUCAAACGCGCUAAAAAUGGAAUUCGCACCGUCCGCGUUCGGGACCAUUUUCGCAGUUUUGACGAAACGAGGUUCAGUGGAGGUGUUCGUGGCGAGAGAAUUCGCGACAAGACCGGAUGUUGUGUUUGAAGAGGAGGAAGAGGAUUUCGAGAAAGGAGAAUUUGAAGGCGAAGGAGAAGGAAAAGGAGAAACAUUUUUACGCGCGCAAACGCUACGACCGAAACGAUGGAAGCAUUUAGAGUCUUCUCUCGUGUACACGUCGUUUUCGUUCGCACCGAGCGAACACGGGUUGUUACUCGCGUGCGGGCGAUCGGAUGGGGAGAUUGAUAUCUACGCGACGACGAGAGACGCGAGAGACGUGCGGGAUCCGUCCUUGCCGAGAGCGACGACGCACUAUUUAGAAAGCAGCGGCAGUGGUAAGAAUGAGGGUCAAAUUGCGAUGUACGACGAUACUUUGAACCCGUUAUUUGAGACGUGUCACGAGGUUGUCGCGGAGAGAUCUUUUAGCGGCCGCGCGGAAGUAUCGGACGUGGCGUGGCGGUUCGAGUCGCCGAACGCGCCAACCUUAGCCGCGGCGUUUAGUUUUAGCGAUAACGAGGCGUUUGAAAUUCGACGUUUUGUGUAUAAGAGAAACUGCGAUACGUGGACAGAGCAAGAGAAUGCGAUGUACGCGUCGAAAGAAAAGUUAUCCCGCGUAGACUGGAGUAAAGACGGAUCCCGAAUGGUAUUCGUCGAAGGAAAUCGCCGAGCGGUUGUGCUAGAUACGAGCGGCGAGUUCUCACACGAAGACGAAAAGCCAUCGAGAAGAAAUUUAGGAAACUUUGAGUUCGAAAGCGACAUCGAAUCGGUUUCGUUCAACGAAGUUUGA